CCGGCGGCAGAGGGAGCCGCGAUGGAGGGUCCUCCGACUGUCCGCCCGGUAAUAAAUGAAGGAGAGUCAAACAUUGCCACCGAAUCACCGGAAGAAUUAGAGGAAAAUCCUAGUCCAGUUGCAGAUGAGAAUAAUACAGUGUCAGCUAAAAAACAGGGGCCACAUGGACAUAACUGGAGUGGUGACUGGAGCUUUUGGAUUUCAAGUUCCACCUAUAAAGACAGGAAUGAGGAAUACAGAAGACAGUUCACACAACUACCUGAUACAGAGAAGCUGAUAGCAGAUUAUGCUUGUGCUCUUCAGAAAGACAUUUUGCUUCAGGGACGACUAUACCUUUCAGAAAACUGGCUAUGUUUCCAUAGCAACAUCUUCAAAUGGGAAACUACAAUUUCUAUUGCUUUAAAAAAUAUAACCUUCAUGACCAAGGAGAAAACUGCUCGACUCAUCCCAAAUGCUAUCCAGAUCGCUACAGACAGUGAAAAGUUUUUCUUUACAUCUUUUGGUGCCAGGGAUAGAAGUUACCUCAGUAUCUUUAGAUUGUGGCAGAAUGCACUAUUAGACAAGAGCUUGACCAGACAGGAAUUCUGGCAGCUGCUCCAGCAGAACUAUGGAGCUGAGCUAGGCUUAAAUGCUGAAGAGAUGGAAAACUUGUCCGUGUCGAUUGAGGAUAAUGUGCAGCCAAGAAGUCCUGAAAGAAGCAACUUGGAUGACUGUGGGGAAAGAGAUGAAAAAUUAUCCAAGUCAAUCAGUUUUAUCUCUGAAUCAAUUAAUCGGGCUUCAGAAACAGAGUCAAUCGAUGGAACUCUAUCAAAAGCGGAGUUAGGGAAAGAGGAAGCUCAAAGUGAGAAACAGAUGAAAAAGAGUCCUUCACUAACUUCAGAAAAGAGGUUAAGCAGAGUACCAUCAAAAUCACUGGACUUGAAUAAAAAUGAGUAUCUUUCUCUGGACAAAAGCAGCACUUCAGAUUCUGUUGAUGAAGAAAAUAUUCCUGAGAAAGAUCUUCGUGGAAGACUUUAUAUCAACCGCGUUUUUCACAUCAAUGCUGAUAAAAUGUUUGAAUUGCUCUUCACCAGUUCACGAUUUAUGCAGAGAUUUACCAAUUCUAGAAAUAUAAUAGAUGUAGUAUCUACCCCUUGGAAUGUGGAACCUGGAGGCAAUCAACUGAGAACCAUGACCUACACCAUAAUUCUUAAUAAUCCGCUCACUGGGAAGUGCACCACUGCCACAGAAAAGCAGACACUGUAUAAAGAAAGUCGGGAAGCACAAUUUUAUUUGGUAGAUGCAGAAGUGGUGACGCACGAUGUCCCCUACCAUGACUACUUCUAUACCGUGAACAGAUACCACAUCUUCCCAUCUUCUGAGCAGAAAUGCCGGUUGAGAGUUUCCACAGACGUGAAAUACAGAAAACAGCCAUGGGCCAUUAUCAAAUCUGUAAUUGAGAAGAAUUCCUGGAGUUCAUUGGAAGACUAUUUCAAACAGCUUGAAUCAGAUUUGUUAAUGGAAGAAUCUAUGUUAAGUCAGCCCAUUGAAGACCCUGGAAAACUUAGUGGCCUACGAAGGAGAAGGCGGACAUUCAACCGAACAGCAGACACGGUUCCUAAACUUUCUCCUCAGCGUUCUUCUGGAGACGGGGGUUUAGAUGACAAAGGGGAUACUGCAGGAAAGAAAAAAGAAACGGAAAGCUAUCACACCGCCCUUAUUGUGGUGAUGAGUAUUUUCUUGCUGUUCCUGGUUUUGUUGAAUGUGACACUGUUUAUGAAGCUGUCAAGGAUAGAAUAUGCUGCUCAGGCUGUUUACCGUCUCCACCUCCAAGAAGAGAAAUCUUUAAAUUUAGCCUCUGACAUGGUGUCAAGAGCAGAAAACAAUCAAAAGCAUAACGAUCAGGCCCAUCGCUUAAAAGGAGUGCUCCGAGACUCCAUCGUGAUGCUUGAAGAGUUGAAGAGCUCACUCAUUAUGCUUCAGAGAACCUUUGAUCUACUAAAUAAAAACAAGACCGGCAUGGCUGUGGAGAGCUAGUGAUCUUAAGGACUGAAAUUGGACCGAUACUUGGAAGUAAAAGAAAACAUCUAGGAGAAAACCAGAGGAUGAAGGAUUUUCAUUGUCAUACGAACAUUUCCAUAUUUUUUUCACUAUUGGUACUUCUAAUAUGAACAUUCUUUUAAAUAACAUUUAUUUCAUAAUUAGUCUCCGAUGGCCUUAAGAAUCCAUCCGUUUGCUUCUUAUACAUUAUUCUAAGCUGUGAAUUUCUCCAGUAAAGCAUGAACUACAUUGUGGAAUUGAAUUUCUGUGAUGCAAAAAGAAAAUGGGACGCUUUGGCCUCAUUUUUACAGGGAGGUUUGAAGUUUGAUGCUUUAUUUGUUAGCACAGAAUCAGUAUGUGUCCAAUUGGCUGCUUUCACAGUUGAUAUACAUUCAACAGGCUAAAGACAAUCAAUAUAAGAAGAAACCUCUAAGCCAUUACGAAUUUUGAAGGAUCAGUUUUCAGGCAUAUACAUUUCUAGAUUUGCAUACUGUAAAUAUUACAAUGUCUUCAUUUAUUUAGCACAAAAAUUCAAUAGACUUUUUGAUUUGCACAUUGAUGAUAAUUAUCUGAAAAAUUCUUUAGCCAUAUUGUAUCUUCAUGAAAGAAAGUUUUCUUCAAGUAGCUAUCAGAGGUGAGAUUAUCUUGCCUCUUCACGCAUCAAAUGAACCGAAGAGUCAAUUUCAGAAAAGGAAAUAUGUAGGAUACCAACACUCAAAAUGAAGAAUCAUGCUCUGAGUUUUAAAAACCAGAUUAGGUUAAAAUCUGGGCAUUUAGUAAUCUAAUAAAUACUUGAACUAAGCGUGGCUUUGGCUUAGCAGUCUAAUUUGUGGAUUCGUUUUUAGUAGCCACCGAUAGCUUCAUUUAUUCCUUCAUGUGUGUGGCUUGUUUUAGUCAGUUGUAAGACACAAACUUUAGCUUUUUAAUAAAACUCUGGGUACAUUAUUUCCCAAUACAAGUAUACUGACUGAAGUUGUAAGUCAGACACAAGCUUUGGCUCUUUCAUAAAAAGGUUUUAGGCAUAUAUGUCUCAAUACAAGUGAUGUCUCUGGAACAAGAGCAAGACAGUGCAGAAUAAUGUGUAUAUAUUUGUACUGUUUCAACAACUAUUGCCUUUAAAUUUCCUUUUUCCUCCCAGAGUUACCACAUGGGAUUGCUAAAGUUGUCUUUGAGAUGCCUGUAGAGAAUCAAAGUAUUGACUCCAUUAGAGGGAAAAUGGGUUUCCUUGAGUGAAUCCCAACUCAGCUACUUUAGGGAACCAGUGUACCUACCUGGGUUUGUUUUUGUUUUUUUAAAAAAAUAAGGAUUUAUGAAGGGUCUGGCUCUGAGCAAGAGUGACUGGAUUAUAAACUUGAAACCUUGUUCUCUUAAAUUCACAAAAAUGAUCAGUGACAAGCUGAAUAUUUUUGAGAUGUUUCUGUAAAACUUGUACUUCAAUGCAUACCUCAAAGAAAAUGACCAAAGUUGCUUUAUAAAUUACGACUAAGCACAUAUAUGCAAAAUUCAAUCAAUUGUAUUUGAGUAUUAUAUAAAAUGAAUAUCAAUAAAACCCAGAAUCUGA